CCGACGGUUCGUCGAUCUCGGUCGACGUUUGCUCGCCUCUUCCCGUCCUGCCCUCUACCCCCUCCCUCCGGAAUGCCUCCGAUCAGUGGCGUUCCCCGUGAACCCCUCCAACCUCAAGCCUGUUUGCGCUGACGUGCUUCCCCCAGCUCUCCGCAACCGGCCGCCAGGUUUAGAGUUUUAUCCUUCCUCUCAUCUCCGUUCGGCGAUGCAAGCUCGUUUUUAUGCGGCAAAGGAAAGAUCGAGAGCCCCGCUCACGCCAGUUACUGAUUUGACUGCAUGUUGUUAAAGGCGAUGCAAGCUCGUUUUUAUGCGGCAAAGGAAAGAUCGAGAGCCCCGCUCACGCCAGUUACUGAUUUGACUGCAUGUUGUUAAAGGCGAUGCAAGCUCGUUUUUAUGCGGCAAAGGAAAGAUCGAGAGCCCCGCUCACGCCAGUUACUUCUAAAGUGAAGAAAUACAAGCUCAAGUCUUACUCGUCUUUUAAGUUCAGAUUUAGGACCAUGAACGAUGGACAAAUACGGAGAUGGAGGGCUGGAAAGCGGCAUAAUGCACACUUGAAGUCAAAGAAGGCAAAACGGAGACUCAGGAGACCUGAGAUUGUGCAUGCAGCUUAUGCAAAGGUUAUGAAGAAGCUGAACUUUUGUGCUUAGGACCGAAAAGCGUGAUUAUUCUUCUGACAAAGAUUGUGCUUCGAUUAGUAACCCUCAGGUUGUCUCAAUGCAACUUAUCCGGGCCAAGUUUGGCAUUCAGCUGCUUAAAGAUCCAGGACUUCGAAUCAUAACCCUCAGGUUGUCCCUGGGCUUUUUCUUAUUUCAGAGGGAAACAAUUAAGCAGCAGACUGUCAUUUUGUCUUAUAUUCCUGGUAAUUGAAACAAGUCCUUGUUCUUUAGUAAUUUGAUUGCAAUGUGAAUUGACAUAAACUUACAUAUAGUCUGACUGUGUAAGCAUCAUAAUGCAAUAAGUGUUGACGUUGGA